AUUCCCUUUCGUAUUCCCAAUUCCACCAUAACAGAUAGAGAAAUCUACUACAAACAGUAGAGAGUUGUUUAUUUCACCAAGAGAGCUGGAGUUGGAGGCAGAGGCAGUAGAGCUUCUUUUUCGUUUUUUCCACUGUUGUUUCCUCUUUCCUAAAAACUAAUCUAUUUUCCCAAGGUUCCUUUCGGGCUUUUGCCCUUUGCUGAGCUGAACACAACAACUUUACCUUUUCCCCAGAACGACUUUCUUCUCUUUUUUGCUCUUCUCCAUACUCCCAUCCCCACUGUCAAACCUUUCACACUCUCACUCACUCUGUGAGCCACAAUUCAAUCUCUAAGCUUCUUUCUUUUUCCUACCUACUGCACAAAGGUAAGUUCUAAAGAACCCAUCUUCUUUUCUUGGAGAUGGUAGCUUUUCUUGCUUUCUUGGUUUUAAUCUUGUGUAGUUGUUGUGGUGUUGUUUUUGUGAGUUCUUUGAACGAUGAAGGUGCAGCUCUGCUGUCAUUCAAGCAGUCCAUUAAGGAAGACCCUGAGGGGUCACUUACUAAUUGGAACUACUCUGAUGAAACCCCUUGUUCAUGGAAUGGCAUUACAUGCAAGGACCAAAGAGUUGUCUCUGUUAGCAUACCUAAGAAGAAACUCUCUGGGUUUCUUUCUUCCUCUCUUGGAUCUCUCUCUGAGCUUAGGCAUGUGAAUUUAAGGAACAACAAGUUGUUUGGAGGGUUGCCCUCCGAGCUUUUCAAGCCUCAGGGGCUCCAAAGUUUGGUGCUUUAUGGAAAUUUCUUUUCUGGGACUUUGCCAUUUGAGGUUGGCAAUCUUCAAUACCUUCAGACUUUAGAUUUAUCACAGAAUUUCUUUAAUGGGUCAUUGCCUGCAUCACUGCUUCAGUGCAAAAGGUUGAGGAAUCUUGAGCUUAGUCAUAAUAAUUUUAGUGGUUCUUUGCCUAAUGGUUUUGGGAAAAACUUGGUUUUGUUGGAAAAGCUUGAUCUUUCAUUCAAUGUCUUUGGUGGUCCUAUUCCUGGUGACUUGGGUUAUCUCUCUAAUUUGCAAGGGACUGUUGACUUAUCUCAUAAUAUGUUUAAUGGCUCAAUUCCAGCCAGUCUUGGUAAUCUUCCUGAGAAAGUUUACAUUGAUCUCACUUAUAACAGAUUAAGCGGUCCAAUUCCACAAAGUGGUGCUCUAAUUAAUAGAGGGCCGACCGCCUUUAUUGGCAACCCGGGCCUUUGUGGUCCUCCAUUGAAGAAUCUGUGUUCUUCUGAUAGCGAGGCAAGUUCACCUUCCUCAUUCCCUUACUUACCUAGUAACUACCCACCCCAAGGUGGAGGAAAGGUUGGUGGUAGACGGGGGCUGAGUAAAGGCACUGUGGUUGCUAUUAUUGUGGGUGAUGUAAUUGGUAUUUGUGUUAUUGGCUUGUUAUUCUCGUAUUGUUACUCGAGGAUUUGCCGUUGUGGCAAGAGGAAGGAUGAAAAUGGUUAUGGUUUCGAGAAGGGAGGUAAAGGAAGGAAGGAAUGUCUAUGCUUCAGGAAGGAUGAGUCGGAGACUUUAUCUGAAAAUGUAGAGCAGUAUGAUCUAGUGCCGUUGGACGCACAGGUGGCAUUUGAUCUUGAUGAGCUCCUGAAGGCAUCUGCUUUUGUCCUUGGUAAGAGUGGAAUUGGAAUUGUGUACAAAGUGGUGCUUGAGGAUGGGCUUACCUUGGCUGUCCGAAGACUGGGCGAAGGAGGUUCACAAAGGUUUAAAGAAUUCCAGACUGAAGUUGAAGCUAUUGGAAAGCUGAGACACCCAAACAUUGUCACUCUCAAAGCUUAUUAUUGGUCAGUAGAUGAGAAGCUGCUAAUAUAUGAUUUCAUACCAAAUGGGAAUCUUGGUACUGCAAUCCAUGGCAAGCCUGGACUGGUAGCUUUUACGCCUCUUUCAUGGUCUGUGCGAUUGAAAAUAAUGAAAGGAGUCGCAAAAGGCCUGGUUUAUCUGCACGAGUACAGUCCCAAGAAAUAUGUUCAUGGAGAUCUAAAGCCAUCAAAUAUAUUACUUGGACACAAUAUGGAGCCGAAAAUCUCUGAUUUUGGCCUCGGCCGCCUAGCUAAUAUAGCAGGUGGAUCCCCAACCUUGCAAUCCAGUCGAAUGGUCUCUGAAAAGCCCCAGCGAGGGCCACAGAGCAGUUCAGCUUCAGAUGCAGCAACAGUUGCUUCCGUCUCUUCCUUCAGCUCCUACUAUCACGCUCCUGAGUCGCUGAAAGUAGUGAAACCAUCACAAAAGUGGGAUAUCUACUCAUACGGAGUGAUUUUAUUGGAGAUGAUUACUGGAAGAUCACCAUUAGUCCAAGUUGGUAACUCAGAAAUGGAUCUUGUCCAAUGGAUGCAACUAUGCAUUGAAGAGAAGAAACCCGUGUCCGACGUAUUAGACCCAAACUUAGCUCAAGAUGCCGAUAAAGAAGAAGAGAUGAUCGCCGUUCUGAAGAUUGCAAUGGCAUGCACGAACAUCAGCCCCGAAAAAAGACCUUCGAUGAGGCAUGUCUCCGACGCACUGGAAAGACUGCCACUCCCCUCUGACUGAUCUGGUCCAAGGAUUCACUUCUUUAUUUACCACAUAGAAGUUGUCAUUUGAAGUGGAAAAACUUGAAAAUACGAGGAAUGAUUGGCAUUAUUGUAAAAUGGGCAUAUGAAGGAGGGCAUAAUCGCACCCGUGUUCACGAGAAGUUUGAGUUAUGUCUGAAAUCUCCUUUUGUGAUGGCCAGAACAGCCUAGAUUGUGGUUUAAGAGCAUGGUGUUAUAGGUUGUGACUGUGUUGUGUUAGCUCACGUCUGUAUAUGCACGAGAAUGCUUAUUCACUUGUCUUCUUCUUGUUCUUAUUGGUACAUCUUCUUGUUUGGUGGUUGUUCCGUUGAUGAGUUUGUCCUGUGUGUUUGUUCUUGUUCAACUUUUGCUCAUUUGGCAUGUGAACAAUCCAAUCUAUGGAUUUUGCCGGUGUCGGUGGCAGUGACAA